GAGGGCUGGCUUUUUGGAUGGCCCUUAGCAACGGCCCUGGUUUGACCCUCCUCAGCCAGGAGAAAAUCGAAUCAGUGUACCGUUCUUCUAAGAGCCAUGCAGCAUCAGCAGCUGAACGUCAAGGCGGCCCUCCUCUCCGCCUGUUAAUGACCUGCUCGUUCCCAUCUCAGGGUUCCUGCCUUUGCAAAGUGCUACUAGAGGGGGAAGAAACGACCACCCAGUCCUCUUGCUGCCUGGGGCUUCAGCCUCGAUUAGAUGGCUAACAGGGGCCCGAGCUACGGCUUAAGCCGAGAGGUGCAGGAGAAGAUCGAGCAGAAGUAUGACGCGGACCUGGAGAACAAGCUGGUGGACUGGAUCAUCCUGCAGUGUGCGGAGGACAUAGAGCACCCGCCCCCCGGCAGGGCCCAUUUUCAGCAGUGGUUAAUGGACGGGACGGUCCUAUGCAAGCUAAUAAACAGUUUAUACCCACCCGGACAAGAACCCAUUGCCAAGAUCUCAGAGUCCAAGAUGGCUUUUAAGCAGAUGGAGCAAAUCUCCCAGUUCCUAAAGGCUGCGGAGAUCUAUGGCGUCAGGACCACCGAUAUUUUUCAGACUGUGGAUUUGUGGGAAGGGAAGGACAUGGCAGCUGUGCAGAGGACUCUGAUGGCUCUUGGUAGUGUCGCAGUCACCAAGGAUGAUGGCUGCUACCGGGGAGAGCCAUCCUGGUUUCACAGGAAAGCCCAGCAGAAUCGGAGAGGAUUUUCAGAGGAGCAGCUUCGCCAGGGACAGAACGUAAUUGGCCUGCAGAUGGGCAGCAACAAGGGCGCCUCCCAGGCGGGCAUGACCGGGUACGGGAUGCCCAGGCAGAUCAUGUAAGACGCCGCCUCCCGCCUCCAGUAGAGAGGAUGAACGUUCCACACCACGGUCUCUAUGACAAAGAAAUAGUCACCUUCUGACCUUCUCUUUCUCGAAGCCUCCUGUCCCUGGUUCUUGCAAGUGCUGCAUUACUGCUGAGAAUCCGCGUUGCCUACUGCUGCCACCUUCUGUUCGUUUAGAACUAUGCAAAGACUCCGCUUCCUCUUCCUCGGCUCCUUCUUUGCCCUCAAAUCUCCGUUUGUCUGAUUAUUUAUUUAUUUAUUGGCCAGAAAUGUCCCUCCUCAACUUAUAGAACGCACCGAAUAAACAAAUUAGUCUUGUGUC